GCGAUGCAGCGAGUGUGACGCAGCAGCAGCAGCAGCAAGCGAGUGAGCGAGCGAGCGAGUGAGCGAUCGAGGCCUGCAGACAGGCUGCUCGCAGUGGAGCGCAGCAGAGUGGAGCGGCGGACCGACCCUGUCUCGCUGCUCCCUGCCUGGGCCACACCGUCGUCGCUCAGCCAGGCCGCCGGCUCGCCGGGAACACCAGCCUCCUCCCUCCCAGGCAAACCAAGCCACUCCAAGCCAAGCCAGCACUUCCAGCCGCUGCGUUGCAAACGGAGAGAGGAGGAAGGACACCGAUUGAGAGAGAGAGAGAGGGAAGAGAGAGAGGGAGAGGGAGAGGGAGAGGAAGGCAAAUACCUUCUACAGCCAGGGCCCUUUGGCAGCAGGCAAGGGGAGUGCGAAUCUCUCCGCUCUCACUCCCUUUCUCUCCCCUCUCCAGCUAACCACGUAACCAAAGGCUCGGCCUGACAGAGGCAGCUGGCUGUUUCGCUCCCAUCACAGGCAGCAGAGAGGAGAACAGAAGAAGGAAGGCCCACAGAGGGUGACGCAAGCCCAGUUCCUGGAAGAACAUAGCAACAGCAGCUUCAGAGGGGCAAAAGUGGAGGAAGAAAAGACAUAGGAAGACAUCUGUGAGGGAACAUGAGCAAACACCAGCACAAAAACUAUACAGAAGGGUUACUGCAAGAUGGGUCGCUCGCCUCGUUCUCUCUACCAUCGCGAUCUCUGAUUUUACAAAGAAAGAUGACAGUGGCAUCCCCCAGUACUCGAGGCCUGAUGGACAACUCACACCCCCAGUCCGUCCUCAGCAAACUGAGUGAGCAACGUUGCCAGGGUCUGUUCUGUGAUGUCACAAUCGUGGUGGAGGACGUCAAGUUCCAAGCUCACCGCAACAUCCUGGCAGCCACCAGUGGAUAUUUCCGGAAUGCCCUGACGUCACCGGAUGUCCGCACACCUGGGCAGGUGCUGGAGCUGAUGGACCUAAGGUCUGAGGUGUUUGGUCACAUCUUAAACUUCAUAUACAAUUCUAAGGUGGUAUCGAUGACCGCAGAAGACACCAAGUUGCUAGUAGCAGCUGGAAGGCGGUUAGGGAUUCCCUUUCUGGAGAAGCUCACAGAGUCAGACAGGCAGAGUACAGGGGCGACACAAGGUCAAGCGUCCACAAACACAAAACAUCAGAAACAUCAACAGCAAAAGCAGAAACAGAAAACCCAAAAACCCUGCGCUCCAAAGAGAGAAACCCCAAGGCCUGAGGAUCCCGAAUGUACAAAAGGCCCACGGAUAACAAACGCCUUUUCCAUCACAGAGGUCGGAGCCGGGAACAACCCCUUCACUCCCCUCGAGCCACGGCAUGCAGGGCAGCAGUCACCAAGCCUGGGCAACCUCCCAGCUGCCUGCCCUGCCCCAAGCGUGACCACAGCAGAGAGCGAGCCGACCCAGGCCCUGUCAGAACAUUCAUAUGCAGUGAGUCAGGGCCCACACAAGCCGCCGCAACCUGAUGAGGCAGGACAGGUGAACGACAAGAAAAACAGCAAGCCUACCACCACGCCGCCAAAGACACUGACAAGUCGCAACUUUGGCCCCAUCAAGAAGCGCCACAGGCUCAGCUGCAUCCCCACAAAGACCACACCAGCCCCAUGCGACACAUCAACCACUCCUGCACAGGUGCCUGACAGCUGCCCUGUCCUGCAGAAAGCAGCAGCAGAUCCUCUAGAAACUCCACUGUCUCCCUUAUCCACAGAUGCUGAAACUGUGACAAGUCCAGCACCUGAGUUGAUGCCUGUGACUGAGGACACUACCCAGGUAGAAAGAGAGCCCCCUUCCCUUAGUCCCCAGGAAAAGCCUGAUGCACCAACAUAUCGCUGUGAGUACUGCCCUGAAGUGUUUGGCAACAGAGCCCUCCUUAACAUACACACACAGGCGCACAAGAGGAGGUUCGUCAGUCAUCUGUGUUGCAAGCACUGUCACAGGAAAUUCAUGCACCUGAAGAGGUUGCGCAAUCAUGAGCAAGCGUGCACAAAGGCACCGAAAGGUCCACCCCAACUUGAGCCACAAGACAAAACCUCAGACACAGAAGAGCAAACCGCUGAUAUUGCAUCCAAUAUAGAUGACUCGUCAGAGUCUCUGCCGCCGCUACACCUUGACGAUACAUUCACCCUUGAUCCCACGCUGGAAAGCCCCCUCGCUCCACGGCACAUCUUGGAGAGGGUUGAGAAAAUCAAAGGAAGCCAAAGGGCUUACAAAUGUAGUGUAUGUAAACGAGCCUAUGUGACACUUUCUAGUCUGAAGAGGCACGAGAAUGUGCACUCGUGGCACAGGGCCUACCCCUGUCAUUACUGUAACAAAGUGUUUGCCUUGGCCGAGUACCGAACCAAGCAUGAGAUCUGGCAUACUGGAGAGCGACGUUACCAGUGCAUAUUCUGCCUUGAGACCUUCAUGACGUACUACAUCCUGAAAAACCACCAGAAGUCCUUUCAUGGAAUUGACCCAAGGUUGGCUGUGAAUAAAAAGUCUGCCAACGGAGGCUUCAAGGGAAGCGUCUACCCCAUAAAGCUUUACCGGCUACUGCCCAUGAAGUUCAGAAAGAAGCGUUACAAGUCAUAUAGCCACACAUACUCUGAUGCCGUGGAAGAUCAGGGCUUUGGCACUGCUCCAGGAGACUCCUACCCUGCCACUCCAUUUCCCAGUGCUCUCCCGAACAGCCUCGAUAGCGUUUGCAACACUCAGUCUUUGUUUUCCAUGCCGGUCACUUUCAUGGCCACCCCCAAAACAGUGGCGGUCGGGAUGCCUCGCGUCAGCUUCGAAAGACCGUGUGACCAAGACGACAUGGCGCUCUCUGGACUCUCUGAUGGGGAAAUGCCGAGCAUUCCAUCGGAGCAAGCAGAAAGACAAGACGGACUGUCAGACACGGAAGACAAUGGAUCACCCUUUGGAUACACAACAGAUCCGACAGAAGGAAACAGAGUGACAGAAAAUGAUGCAGUAUCUCUGAGAGAGGCAGGAAGCAACAGUAGUAACAUACCGUUCCUCCACCUGAAUCCCACCGGUUCCUUGGAAAGUGUGAAUAACAGACUUGGUGACUUGUCUGCAGCGGCACACACUAUCGAGGCCAUGGCUAGCCAGCUGCUUCUUCCCAGUGCAGAGAGUCUGAAACCAGAUAAGUCAGUGGGAGGCAAAACGGAGACAUACAUCGCAAAGCCAGCAUGUCCAGGUCCAUCCAUAGGUAGCCACGUUCUACCCCUCUGUCACAUUACUGUCAAAAUUGGCAAUGAAGCAAUCAUUCGCCGCAAAAUCAAAGGCUCAAAGUUAUUCCCAAGAAAAAGAAAAAGGAAAAAUUGGUGUCAGAGAGAGGGAACAAAUGAACCUAGUCCAGUGGAAGACACUGUUGGAAGUCCAAGCCUUCGUCUAAGGACAGAAGUCACCACGUCCAUAGUAGAGACUGAUCCAUAUGAUGAUCCAGCUGAUCCUGAAACUGACAAGCUAUGGCGUCCAUAUUAUUCUUAUAAGCCGAAAAAGAAAGGGAAGAGGUUACGAUCAAAACAUAGGCGAGAUAAGUCUGUGAGGUAUUACACAAGACCCUUAUCACCCGAGCAUUCAGAAAACUUCAUGGAGCCAGACUACAGUCCCAGAGAGAGCCUUUCAUCCGAUAAUACAGAAAUCAGAAGAACCCUCAGAAGUAACAGCCCCAAACAAGCACAUGCGUGCAGCAUCUGCAAGAGCCUGUUCUCCAACGAGGCCUCGCUCAGGAUGCACGCCUUAAGUUGCAACCGGUACAUCUGCCGAACGUGUGGCAAGCAAGCUUCCACAGAAGAGGCCCUGAGUCUGGGGAACCCGCUGGCAGACGAGAGCCGGGAUUUUGUCUGCAAAAGUUGCAUGGAGGACGGCUCCUGUUUCGACGCCAACGCAAGCCGCAGCCAGGGAACGGAGAAGCGCUACCGCUGUUCCUUUUGCCCUCAGCGCUUCCUUUACCUUGCCACUAAGAGGAGCCACGAGAAGAAGCACCAGGAAAAGUCCGGAAAAGGGUACAGCUGCCAAUACUGUCACAAGGUCUGCAAGACCACCGCUCACCUGGCUCUGCACGAAAAGCGCCACUUCAUCAAGACCGAGGAGAGUGAUAACGAAGAUGGUGAGAUGGAGACCAACAGCUCGACCCUGUUGCACAGGACGUUUGCCAUCAAUAAGGAGGAAACAAAGCUGGAGCCAUGGGAAGGGACUGAGAUCUGUGCCCCUUCUCCCGCUAAGGAAGAGGAACCAACAAACGCUGACCGCGAGGGGCCUUAUCAGGAUGAAGAUGUCGGAAGCGACUAUAAAAACCCUCCUGUGUUGAGUCCCCGCACAGAAAACCCCUUUCUUGUGUCUCUUUCGGAGCUGCAGAAGAAGACAAAACAUAAGCGAAGAUACAUUCUUGACCGUCCCAAAAGCUUCGGCCUAGAGGGGCAUAAACAGGCUGCUGUUGGUAACCUAACACAGGGCCAAAAAGGCCAUUUGCCCAGUCUCGGGAUAAACAGCCGUUCCAGUCCCGGGAUGGGCUUCUCUUCCUUUCUGACAAAAGACCCUGUCCCUAAGGGACCCACCCAUCAUGUACCCAAGCAUAGCCUAUCCAAGGCACAGUGUCGCUUGUGGACAGAAGAACCAUUUUUUCAGGGGCACAAGUAACUUUUAAAAGUGGGAAUGUAACUAACAGAGAAUAGCUUAUGUGAUAAACUGUAGGGCAGGACCUGAACGCUUGAUUAUGUUGCACCUUAGCUGCAGUUAUUGAAUUCAACUCCGUCAUGUUCACUUUGCAACAUGGAGGACUUAAUAACUAAUAUCUAUGUAAAUAGGGUUUUUGUCUUCACUUAAAAUAGAACUGGGUAGUUUUUCAUGUUUUUACAAAGAGAAUCUGUUUUAUUUUUCUAUGUUUUUAUUUGUCUGUUCAAGACAUGUCUGCAUUUCAAGUCACCCCACUCCUUUGAUGUAACCUAUGCAUUAUGCAUUAACUGUGCAUACUUAGGUGCACUUUGAGCAUACAACAGCAAUGUUAGCUGAUAAUGUGACUUAUACGUGGAACACAUCACAUUAGAUUUCAAUUGCACCAACAUGCCACUAUUGCACAUGUCUAAAGGUGUUUUGUUGUUAUUAUUAAUUGAGCUAACCUUUUAAACAAUUCACAGCUGACCUUUUGCCUGAAUUAGGAUCCAUGCAGUAUUCUGAUUCAAAAUGUAUCUUUUCAGUUGUGUAUUACUUUCUACAUUUCCUAAAAACAUAAGCCAUAAAUAGUUGGGCAUCACAAAAACACACACAAAGACUAUGCCAUUACUUUCCUCAAUAAAGACUAAUGUUUCCUGAA